GCUAUGCUCGGCUGAAGGGCGAUGGUGGGGGGGGGGAGGAAAGAGCAAAGGAGAUCUAACUUUACACGAGUCAUCAGCAGUAUUCGUUCCCGUGCUCGCGACUUUGGUGGUUCGGUUCGUCGUGAUCGAGAGAGUUGGGGGUGAAGCGAAUGGUUAUCUCCCCGUAACGCGAUCACCGUCGCCGUUGUUGCAGUCUCGUUGUCAUCGCACCUUCGUGUUUGUCGUAAUAGUCGCGUAGUUGCUUCUGUCUCUCUCUCUUCCUCACCCUCCUUAUUCCCCCUUCUGCGUGUGUCUCUCUCUCUCUCUCUCUCACCUUUUCUCGAUCGCGCGGAUUGUGAAACAGUGUGAAACGCGAAUCGAGCAGUUCCGCGAAGCGGAUACAUUUGCGAGUUAGGUGACCGAAUGUUCCGCUGAGAAUUAUGUGGAAUACUGACGCAGGAUUGGGAUCGGUCGCACGUCAAGUCAGCUGACAUAUUGCGCCCUGCUACACCGCAACAGCCUUCGGUGAUUACAUGGUGACACAAGGUUGUAGAGGAGCAAUCGGGAAGAGAGUUGUGGCAAAGGACACCUAGUUAUCUUGCACCAAGCUGACUGCGAAUUUCCACUGUUUCUCACACAUACAACAAACACACACACGUACACGUACACACGCACAGCAUACACGAGGCAGUGAUCGCAACUAGGAUAAAGUUUCCUCGAUUAACGACGAGUGACACUGAAAGACAAGAGUUAUGGAACGAGAAUCCAAUCCUAUGCAAGCCCUGUGCCGCAGCGGCUGUGGAUUCUACGGCUCGCCAGCGACGGAUGGGCUUUGUUCUCUCUGCUAUAAGGAAAAUCUAAAAAAGAAGCAACAACCUCCAGUAUCAGCUGCCACCGUACCAACCUCACAAACUGUUCCUAGCAACGCGGGUACGUUGCAAGGCAGUUUUGGUAGCCCAGCAGCUACGGGAACGACAGCUCAACCUACCAUUCCUACCAUACCUCAAUCGACGUCAGAUCUGCCCAACCCCAAAGAAAAGGUAAACAGAGAAGACCAGGAGAGCGACGUAGGUGUAAGCAGCGCAGUAGCUGAAGGAUCAUCAGCGAGUAGCGGUGACGUAGAUGACUCCUUCGAUGGCAAAGAGACUGAUAAAGAAUCUAAGAAGAAGAAAAAUCGUUGUGCCGUAUGUCGCAAAAAAGUUGGUUUGACCGGUUUCGAGUGCCGUUGUGGAGGACUGUUUUGCGCUGUGCAUCGGUACAGUGACAAACACGAUUGCAAAUUCGAUUACAAAGAAAUGGGCGCUCAAGAAAUUCGGCGCAACAAUCCAGUUGUUGUUGGUGAAAAAGUGCAAAAAAUUUGAACUAUUUAGUGUGUAGUCGUUGGGAAAAUGGUUAUUAUAACUAUAUAAACAAACAGAAUAUACAAAAAAAAGCACGAAGAAAACGAGAUAAAUUAUCUGGCAGCUGAUUCGCACGUUGAGGGGGUGAAACGAGCGAGCGUGCAAGGCCGAGAGUGCAAGGUAGAACGAGAGAGAGAGAGAGAGCGAAUGAAUGUGAGAGCGAGUCCGCAAGAAGGGCAGCAAAAUGUUGUUUUACAGCUGCCAAGAAAGAGCGUGUGCGAGCGAGAGGGUGGGGCAGGGGGGAGGAGGAAGGGAGAGCGAGAGUGAAAGGAAAAAUUGAAAGAAGGAGCGAAUAUUAGAACAAAUAAAAACGAAAGAUCGCAAAAUAGAAUGUGUGUGUGUAUGCGUACACGAGUGAAUGAUUCACACAAUUGGAUGCCAGUGCCAUUGUAAGUUUCAGAUUGUCACCUAGCGAGAGAAUUUUAAUUGAGAAUAUACCUGGUUACUAACUGCUGCCAGCUUACUACUAUUAUUACCUAUUAUUAUCAUGAUAAUUACUACGGUUUAUAACUAUUCUAUAUUAUACGUUUAUUAAUUUACUUAAAUGGAAAAUUUAAAUGCGAAAGUGUGCAAAGCUCGUUUUACGCGAAGGCAGAGCUCUUGGUGCGGUCAGUCAGUCCAGAAACGUCUCUCUCCAAAAGUUUUGAUUUAUUCGAGAAAUUUUAUACAUUACACUGUUUCGUUUAUAUAUAUAUAUGAAAGAAAAAUAAAAAAAGUAGGGAGAAUGUUGCUUUAGGUAAUGGCUGACGUUGAUGGGUGAUCACAAUUUUAUGUUAAUAAUUAGUCUAAUAAUUACUAAGUACAUUAGUCUCUAUUGAUUCAUAAAUAAUGCAAUGGAGUAUAAGUAGUACUGUGUGUUUAUGUCCAAUUUCACGUGAAUAUAACCAGCAAUUAUUACUCAUUAAAUAUGUUUCAACCUAUAUCGCAAAUAAUUAUUUACACUAUGGCCGCAAAUCUAGGUUUUGUUAAUGAAACCCUUCUUUAACGGAUUUUUCGGUUUCUCUUAUGCAUAUACAAACUUAUGGAUAUACAAACGAAUUGUUAAUAGUUGAAACCCCCUCGAUUAAUUGAUUAAUUUACUCGUUCUUUUUUCCUUUUCAUUCUUUUUUUCUUUCUUUCUUUCUUUCCCAUUACUUUUGCUUGUUUUGCGAGUUUUGUAGGAUAGCUGCGCGAGGUAUUCCGGUGCUGCAUAGCAGCGCAAUAAUGUAAGAGUUAAACGAUUAAUAAAAUGUCUAGAGAGGCCGGGCAUUAUAUGUGAACGACGAACAAGACAACAAAUAUUAGCGAUUGUAAAGUGCGAAACUCGAAACCACUGAAGCCGUGCAAACGAUAAUACCGCACUGAUCGAUGUUACAAUUUCACGUAUAUACUUUUGGCCGAUGUCUCUUCUCCGCGCUCGUAACUCGUGCCGAGCGUAUCUUUCUUUUCUUUUCUUUUUUGUUUGUUUUUUCUUUUCUUUUCUCUCUCUCGUCUGUAUGUAGAUGUACACAUUUGUAAAGUUAUAGCAUGAAAGCGGUGCUAUAGCUGUCCAGCUUUGCUGUAUUCUUGUAAAACCAAACGUGACGAGAGUGGGGAGGCGGCAAAGUGCCGCGAAUCAUAUGCUCCACGUAUAUAGGUCAAUUCCUGGAGAGCUUUAUAAGUUAAAUUUGGAAGACAAAGAAACGAACGGAACGGAAAAUAUAUACUGCGACUUGCCGAUUUCGUGUAAAGUAAACAAAGUAACGUAGUUGUCUUUUCUUUAUCAUAAUCCUCGGACAAGGCGCUGUUAAUUUCGAUUGUGCUGCCGUUCUUUUAUUCCUUGGUUUUUUGUAAUUAAGACUUAUUCUGUGUAAAAUAGAAGAAUAUUCGCGUUACUCCCGUUAUUCACACCAAGACCUUUUACGUUAUUUCGAAGAGAUGUAUGUGAGACACAGAGGACUCUUAUUUUCGAUAAAUACAAGGCGUUUUGUUGAAUGUAAUCGCAAGGUUUAUCAAGCCGAUACUCUUCCUUUAAUGAUAAAAACGAGAGAAGGAGAAAUAAACGGGAAACCACUUGGAUCGAUUUUCCAUAUAUUUCGCGUGUCAUCGUCAAAAGAAUUCCAUCUAAAAAAGAAAAAGGAUUUUAUCUGUGUGCGAAUGCGCGACGUUGCAAAUUUAAAUUUUUCGUGGAAACGUGCGAAUAUGUAACGAUACCUAGAAAUUAAGACUGUCGAAAAAUCUUACUUUUCGAUGAAAUCGCGAUAAUAAUUCGCUCGAAUACCAUUCUCCACAAUGUUCACGGGACGACUAUGCGUUGACUUUAUAGACAAUAUAUACAAUACAUCUUGUCAAUCAAGAUCAUUGUUGCCAAUCAAUCUGUUAUCUUUCUUUCUUUCUUUCUUUUCGACUGCACUUUUAGGAACGCUGACGAGAGAAAUCAGAAUCGUAUAUAGGAGAAGAAAACGCGCGUGCACACACAGGCACACACAGAUACAACAUACACACACCCAUACACACACACUCUGAUUAUCAGUAAUAUCGAUGGAAUGGUUGCCUUCAGGCCUUCAUCCUAUUUUAGGCAUAGCAUAUUUUUCUAACGUGUACCGCAAUAUCGGAAUAAUCUUGCCUAGCGAGAGCGACUGAAGAACGACAGGAGGAAAAAAGAAUGAUUGAAAGAAUGAAAGAGAAUGACUGAAAGAAUGCGUGAAAGCGAGGUGGAGGAGUGUGCGUGCAGGAACGGAAAUGACUGAAAGAUGUGUGUCUGCUGUGUGAUUGUGAAUGUGCGAAUGAUGCGCGAGAAAGAGAGAGAGAGAGAGAGAUUGACAAAAAGAUUAUCGAUGAUCGUACUCGGCUGACUAUAUAAGGACGUAACACGAUGCUUGUAAUUAUUACUGAUUGAUAUUAGUACAUUUAAGCUAUUAAAAAAGUAACAUCAACUUUAA